AUGUUCGUGCCGGUCCUUUCGACUUUAUUACUGCUUGAGUUCAGUGUAUCCUCCACGACUAAUUCGAGUAUUAUUCAUGAUGAAGACCAAGUCGUGUUCGUCGGGCACUUGAAUGAUUCGAUGCUUUCUGCAAAUACUACCCCGAGCGUUGCUAACGGGGAGUUAGAGAGGAGCAAUGAUAGUAAGCAAGUCAUUGAUGAAACUAUCGGGGAAGUACGGACUUUUCCUUUAUUUGAAAAGUUCGCCAAAUGGUUCGCUAAAGACACGCCCGUCGAAUGCCGUGUAGAAACUGCUUCAAACCUAAUGAAGAUAAAUCCCCGGAAAAGUAAGCAAGAUAAAAUAGUGUCACAGCAAGUUAAGAAGCUUUUCGAGUCAGAUGAUGGAGCAUUGGCAUUAUUUGCCGAAGUGAAAGUUUCCAAGUUGCUAAAAGACGAAGUGACACGGGAAUUAACGGAAGAAUGGUUCACCAAUUCUCAUACCAAGUUAUCAGCACUAUUUUCAACUUUGAUGAAGGAGACAAAAGAAGGAUCACUUGAUGAAUUUUUUCAACUUCAGCUACACGUUCCGCUAUAUAGGUACGCCUGGCGAUUAUAUGAAUAUGUGCCGUUCGAUUUGGAUAUAAUCGCAACUGAUGUCGCUCGACUCCUGACCGAAAAUCGUAAAGGAGGUACUUUGAUAACUUGGUUUGGAACUUAUGCAACCCCAUACUCAAUUGAUCUUUAUCAUCCCACUCUAACUGAUAAUGUACGUCUCGUAAUUGGUUUGUCACGUCAUCCGAAGACCCUCAAGCUAGCGUAUCGCUUACAUGCAUUGUAUACUGGCGGCCUUGUGGAUUUUCGUCAUAAUUAUAUUCCAUCUCUCGCUCUUUCCGAAGAAGAGUUUUGGUUUAAUUUUGCUGCUUUUGUUCGUUUCAACUACAUAGAGCAUGAAGCAAGAAGCCUUAAGUUUAUGUACUCUGAGGUCGCGCAAUACUCGAAAAAGAAAGCCCUCAAGAGUUAUUUGAGUGCUGUAUCGAAAGCAGGGAAAUUUCAAGUUGAACGUUAUGUUUGGUUGCAAUUUGGUGAUGAUUACACGCGCUUGUUAAAAGCUGCAUUACAAUCUGAUGAUAACACGAAUUACGUAAGUGGAGCUUUGACGAGAAAUCCUCAUAUCGCUGAAUUUAAAAAAAAAUUGAACGAUGUGAAAUUGGUGAAAACUUUCGAGCAGCUUUUGAGCGACGGAGAACGCGUAGAAUUGCUUCUGGAAAGCGUAGGGGAACUAGUGAAUUUCAAAUCGUCUCCGGGAAUAUCCGGUGUUGCCACGAACAAAAAACAAGAUGAAAUCGUCGAAAAGCUUCAAUUGUUGGUCACAGAUGAAGACAGUUUUCAGUUGCUGAAAAUCUCUUUAAAUGAUGAACAUCUUGACUCGUUCUUUGACGCAUUAGAUGCACGAAAACAUUUGAAAUUGGUUGAAGACAUGCUAAGCAGUACGGAAAUCAAUACCGUAAAGUCGUUUAAGGACAUUCUUGAAGACCAGAAUAAGGUACAAUCUCUUGCACAGGCUUUACUAACUAAAGAGAGUUUGGAAAAUUUCAGAAUGUCUUUGGACAACAAGAACAUCUACACUAAAAAAAGGUCUGAUCUGGUUGAACAAGAAAACUUGAAAGCGCUCGAUGAGUUGUUGAAUGAUUUGGAUCAAGUGUUUUUUCUCAGAGUGGCUGUCAGGGAUAAUGUUCGUGCGGAAUUGUUUCGAGCAGCUUUGGAGAAAGUACAAGGGAAGGAGUUCAAAGACGUAUUGAACGAAGUAAAUCCGGUGGAGACGUUCGAAGUCGUGUUGAACAAAAGAAAUUUGGUAAAUGUGUUCAAAUCGGCGCUUGAAGAUGAAAAGCAGCUCGAAUGCCUUAAAAACGCUGUUUCGGUUGAGCGUCGUGAGGAGUUUAAAUCUUUUUUUGAUUCUCGAGAUCAAAAGAUGUUUUAUGAAGAGUUGGAGCAGCAGCUGCAACUUGAGGAGAACAGUCGAAAGGAUUUCUCGACUCGGGGCCCCCUUUCAACACCACCGUCUUGA